UUUUCUAUUCUAUUUCACUCCAGAAGUCUAGAACCAAACACAAAAUAGAGCCAUUUCGUUGUAGAAAAAAAAAUAUAGAGUGGCUGCUGUUCUCCGUCCAACUAGCAGGUCUCAACCUCGAGGCACUCUCACGCCCAACGGCCACACCACCGUCCUCUCCGCGUGCCCCCGAAACCACCACACGCGGCCACGCCACGCCGCCCACUACGGGCGGGCCUCCUUGCGCUUGGAGUAUUGGUCGACGUGCUCCUCUCACCGCACCCUCUACUGAUACUGGGUUGGCGCGAGAACGGCGAGCCCACCUGAACGCGUGAUUUUGGAUGGUGAAGGUACAGAGUAAAGAGUCUGCAACCUUUGGUGGUGCAGUUUUUAUGUGCAACCAUCUGACCAGGAAGGAGUGCUUUGACAAGAAAAUAUUUGGCCUCUCUGAUUUCUGUGCUGAUUUUGUAGAGAAAGUUAAAGCUGGCACAACUUUAUUCUUAUAUGAUGUUGAUCAGUGUAAGCUCCAUGGUGUUUUCGAAGCAACUUCAGAUGGGGCUGUGAACAUUAUUCCUGAUGCAUAUGUCGCAUCAGGAAAGGGGUAUCCUUCUCAGAUACGUUUCAAGAGGAUUUGGUUUUGCAAGCCUUUGACGCUUACUGAAUUUCAAGAUGCUGUCCACAAUUAUUCUGUUAAAAACAAGUUUAGUUAUGGUUUGUCACACCAACAGGUUGCAAAGCUUCUCCAUUUGUUUUCUUCACGGAACAGGUUGCAGCUUCCUCAAAACCCAAUAUUACAAGAUGAUGUCCCAGGGGACCUUGAGACUUCUUCUUCUCUGGCUAGAGUAACUGACGUGCAGUGCAGUCCAUGUGGUUCAUUCAGGAGCACCUGUCAAACAUGUUCCUCCACCUCUCUUGGGGAACAUAUGGCACCGAUGGGUGCAAAAUUAAUCGAUCCCGGGGCAUUAAUGCACAGAGGUCUACAAUCAGACAUCUCAAAAUCUCCCCUGCAAUCUGGAGCGGAGAUGGCCACUAUCACCAUACCUGGCAACCAAGAAGCAAUGCAUGACCAACCUACUGAUGACUAUAUACCUCUUCUCCAGGAGGAAAAUACUUUUGAAGGUGUUGAUGGUCUAUUUGCGUUGCUAAAAGAUGUGUGCCACUCUUCUGAAUUAUCUAAACGUAGCAGUGACUCUGAAAACCAUAAUACAUUCCACCAAGUUUGUAUUAGGAAGGAAGAUGAAUGCUGCCCACCCAUCUUAGGUCGUUCCAAACUCCGUGCUGACAGUGAAGGGCGAACAAGUGUGUUUUCUCGGUUAGUGAGAAAGCACGAUCGUGGUCGUGGGGAGGCAAUGAAACAGCUGUGAUGCUGUGCUCAUCACCGGAUGCACAACCUGCAAGGACACACUAUCCUUGAGCUGCCCUCGGUUUGUGUUUGAGUGCCUUUCGUUCGUUUGUUGUUAGGGUAAGAACGGAGUACGUGUCGUGAACCUGGAUGUGUUGUAGUUGCAUGUUGUAUUACUAUUUCGGGCCUAUGUUUGCUGUGUAGACGAGUUAUCACGUAAUUGCUACAUGUGUGUCUGUUGUUCUUGUGCU